GAAAAGGGUAUGUAAUCACUGUUCUAACUGCCCAUCAGGCGGCGCCACUGUGCUCUGUAUUACUGCAUUAUUGUUUUUUUUUUUAUCAAGUCGCAAGAAAUUACGCUAUCCCCCCAAAAAAACCGCGUAUUCCGAGUGUUUAUGUUUCGUUUCCCUAGUGCAUAUCGUAGUUAUAUAGUCUAAGUCGCUCCCGCAUCCACGUCCGUUUGCUGAACACGCGUUUUCCGCCGCCCCCGCACUGUUCCCGUUUUAUUUGUUUUCGACCCCUGGCCGCGUCUUCUUUGAUUUCCCCCAAAAGAGGUGCAGCCGCGACACCAGAGACUGAGAAAAGUGAAACGCCAUCGGCGCAAUUAUCGAUUUGAAGCCGUGCGGCCAGAGUCCUGCUUCCGGCUGCAAACUGAGGCCCCCGGGAUAAUGGAAGUCUCCUCCGAUCCGUACGAGCAGAAGCUGUACCAGAUGUUCCGCAGCUGCGAGUCCCAGUGCGGCCUGCUCGACGAGACCUCCCUCCUGAAGCUCUGCUCGCUGCUGGAGCUCCGGGAUCAGGGAGCUGCUCUCAUCGCCAGCCUGGGCAGUAGCCACCAGCUGGGCGUGUCCUUUGCCCAGUUCAAGGAGGCGCUCCUGAACUUCCUCGGCUCGGAGUUUGACGGUGGUGCGGCCCCCUCGGGCUUGAAGGAGCGCUCGCUGGUGAUCACCGAUGAGCCACUGACCACCACCUACAUCGAGAGUCCGCCAGAGUCGUCCGACCGCGAAGUAUCCCCAAAAUUGAUUGUGGGCACAAAGAAGUACGGACGCCGGUCCAGGCCGCAUCAGGGUAUCUAUGAGCUGUCCGUCACGGAUUCGGAUAACACGGACGAAGACCAGCACCAGAAGCAGCGGAGUCUCAACGGCAACGAUGAACUGGCAACCCAGGUGCAACGCUCUUCCUCGCAGACCGAUCUUCCUGGCAGCCGACGGCUACGGACGCUCCACACGAGUGGCAGCAAGCUGAAGCGUUGCGCCUCCCUCCCAGCCCGUCGGAACCUCCAAUCCAAGAUGCACCACACGGCCACGGGAGCAGCGCCAUCGCCGACGGCCACCGCCAAGCUGAAACAGUUGUCGAUCCAGAGCCAGAACCAGCACAGCAGCAGUGUCGAGUCGCUGGGCCACCACCUGGCCGCCACCUCCGCACCGUCGUCCGAGCACCGGAGAGGCUACCACGGCGGCAGCUGGCCCUGUUUCAAAGACACCGUGUCGCCGCAGCAGCUGGAGAUGAUCAGCGUGCACAGCAUCACCGAGGCCUGGGACCUGGCCAGCAUCGUGAACGGCCGGAACCUGCUUCACAUCCUGGGAUUCGAUGAGGAGGAGGAGGUCAACUUGCAGCUCCUGGCCAAGGCGCUGGAGGAGGAAAUCAGGGGCGUCGAUCACGAUCAGGAGCAGGCGAACUUGCUGCGAGCGUUGGCUGCCCUCCAGGCCACCGAGUUGGGCAACUACCGGCUGGCCUAUCGCCAGCAGCACGAGGAGAACCUGAAGCUGCGGGCCGACAACAAGGCGGCGAACCAGCGGGUGGCUCUCCUGGCCGUGGAGGUGGACGAGCGACAUGCCUCCUUGGAGGAGGGCUCCAAGCAGCAGAUCCAGCAGCUGGAACAGCGCCACGCCAGCAUGGUGAGGGAACUGACGCUGCGCAUGAGCAACGACCGAGACCACUGGACCAGCAUGACGGCGAAGCUGGAGGCGCAGCUCAAGGCCCUCGAGCAGGAGGAGAUCCGGCUGAAGACGGAACUCGAACUGGUGCGGAAUGAGAACUCGGAACUGGAAACGGAGCAGCAGAAGGCUCACGUCCAGCUCACCGAACUGCUCGAGCAGAAUAUCAAGCUCAACCAGGAACUGGCCAACCGUCCCGGCAGUGGCAGCCUCAGCCACAGUUCACUUAGUCCUAGGAAGCAGAGCAGCAGCGACGACAAGGAGGAGGAGAUGCUGCAGAUGAUGGAGAAGUUGGCCGCGCUCCAAAUGGAGAACGCCCAACUGCGCGACAAGACUGACGAACUGACCAUCGAAAUAGAGAGCCUGAAUGUGGAGCUCACCCGCUCGAAGGGCAAGGGCAAAAAGCUGGACAAGCCGGAGAAGCUGGAGGACCAAGAGGCGGCUGCCACGGCUACCAAGAGGCGGGGCGAUUCGCCGAGCAAGACCCAUCUCACGGAGGAGAGUCCGCGGAUGGGCAAGCAGCGCAAGUGCACCGAGGGUGAGCAAAGCGAUGCGAGCAACAGCGGCGACUGGCUGGCCUUGAACUCCGAGCUGAAGCGCAGUCAGAGCCAGGACGAGGAGCUGACCAAUCUGAGGCAACGGGUGGCUGAUCUUGAAAAGGAACUGAAGGAGGCGAAGGAGGGAAGGUCCCUCAGUCCUGAGAGCCGGUCGAAAGACCUGGAAGCCAGCUUGGAGCAGAUGCAGCGGGCCUACGAGGACUGCGAGGACUACUGGCAGUCGAAGCUCAGCGACGAGCGCCAGAUGUUUGAGAAGGAGCGCCAGAUCUACGAGGACGAGCAGCAGGAGAGCGACAAGAAGUUCACCGAGCUGAUGGAGAAGGUGCGCGAGUACGAGGAGCAGUUCAGCAAAGAUGGCCGGCUCUCGCCCAUCGACGAGAGGGACAUGCUGGAGCAGCAGUACGUGGAGCUGGAGGCGGAAGCCGCCCAGCUGCGCACCAACUCCAUGCGGAUGCUCGAGGAGAAGGCGCAGGAGAUCGGCUCGUUGCAACUGGAAAUCGAGGAUCUGCGGCAGCGACUGGGCGAGAGUGUGGAGAUUCUCACGGGCGCCUGCGAACUCACCCCAGAGGCGGUGGCCCAAAUGAGCGCCGAGGCGGGCAAGAGCCCGGCCAGCUCGCCCAUCAGCUACCUCUGGCUGCAGAGCACCAUCCAGGAGCCUGUGAAGUCCUUUGUGGCAGGCAGCGGCGAUGACGCGGAUGGUGCUGCCAGUGCCAUCAACCUCCUGGGCGGCUCUCCAUCGCACAAGGCGGCUAGCCGAAACAACCUCACCACCUCGGAGACCUCCAUCUUCAGCACCACCCCCUUCGACAGCUCACCCUCUGGCCCGUCGCCCACUAAUAGCGGCACCAACGUAUCCUCUUCCGCUAAUCCCGGAUCCUCCGGCCCCGCUCCCAUCAGCAAACCCAAACGGCCACAGAGUCCACAGCAAGUGCAAUCGGAGGGCGAGAUCGCAGACUGCGAGACCUCGUCGACGGCCUCCAACAAGAGCUUCGACACCCACAGCGUGGUGUCCACCAGCAAAACUUCUUGCCUUAGCCACGAAAAGUGCAGCAGUCCCUCGGUCCUCAAGGAGGAGCUGAAGCGCCUCAAGUUCUUCGAGCUGUCGCUCAAGGAGCAGAUCAAGGACUUGAGCCUGCAACGCGACGGUUUGGUCAUGGAACUGCAGCAGUUGCAGGAGGCGCGACCCGUAUUAGAGAAGGCCUAUGCGCGAACAACGCAUCCAACGCUUCAGCAGCGGCUGAACCAACUGGAGCUGCGAAAUCGCCAUCUGCAGAAUGUCAUCAAGCAGCAGCAGCAGUAUACCGAGUCCCUGAUGCAGCAAUCCUGGCGGCAGCAUCAAGUGGAUCUCAAUGAGCUACACGGCCGUAUUGAAGCCCAGAGUGUUAUGCUGGCCGAGCAAACACAGCGCCUGCAGAGCGCCGAUAUCCUAGUGAAGGACCUGUACGUGGAGAACUCGCACCUGACGGCCACGGUGCAGCGACUGGAACAGCAGCGGGCGAGGGUGAAUCUGAUCCACCAGCAGCAGCAGGUGCAGCAGGUUCAACAGCAGCAGCAACAACGCCUGGGCCUGCCAGGCAUGCCUUAAUGAAAAUAACAAUAGAAACUAAAUGAUAACCUGAGGAGGAGGUGCUCAGCAUCGGGUGGACAGACAUCGAAAAUCAAUACAACUGUGCAACUGCAACCGAUAUCGUUAUGAAUGUUAGAAAUAUUUACAAAAAAAACACUCGGUAGUCUAAGCUUGCAACAAACUCAACAGAGUACCCGUGCGUUGCGUCUUCGUGUAUGAAUGUGAAUCAAUGUUGUUUUGGCACGAGAGCACCGCAUCAAUAACUAAUGUGACUUCAAAACCUAACUUUAACUUUAAUAUUAAAUCACCACCACCCACGCGCAAAGAUGAACAAUCCACACUAGUGUAGCAAUUUAAAUGACACACUGACUAGUAAUCGAUUUGAGCGAAGAAACUAACUAUAUUUACACGAUCGUACAUACUCGUUUGAACAUAUAUACGUAUAUGAAAGAGUCCCAAUUAUAAUAUAUACUAUAUACUAAUAGGUGUCUCAAUGCAAUGUUGACCUUACUACAAUAAUUCACCACUGAAAUAGUUAACGUAUAUUAAUUAUAUUAGAUCAAGACAGUAUUUUAAAUUUGUUAUGCGUCUGAGUAGGCGAGCACGUUUAUCAAUGUUUACCACGUGCCCACAAAUCAAAUGCAUCGGAAUUGUUGUUAAUUUUAUUGGUAGAAAAAAAAAAUGAUUAUAAACAAAAAAAUAUGAUGAUAAAAAAAAAGAAAUUUGAAACGAUCUAUGAUAUUGACAUAUAUUAUGUAACGACAAAAGACCUGUAAAGCUGUAAUCAUACACUCGUAUCUAUGUAUUUAUACUGCGAUUUAAGUUAGCCAAUACUCCUCAAUUGCUUUUGCAAACUCUACCCUUUUUGUUAAACAUUUUCCCGCCCGACUAACUUGCUCCCAAUUUAUACAAUUAAUGAACAAAUUAUUUAGUUAUUUAACUCUCGGUUCGCAUUACUGUGUGAUCAUCUGUGCUUAAUACUUUCGAUCAAAAUAGAAACUUACUUUUUAAAAGUAUAAA